UUGCUCUGUGCCAAUGAUCUUCUUGCCCAUACCAAUGAUGAUUCUGGACAGAGGCGGAGCAACAACGGAAAAUUUAAGCAUCUCCUUCUGCAAAUGAAGAUCAAAGUUAAUGAAGAAGAGCAGAGCUGCAGUGGAGACUGACUUCUCUGUGUCUGAGUUUGUUUGUUUUUUUCCUUUCUUCAUCACCUGAGUCAACCAUCGAGUUCAGACAUGUCUUCUGGCACCUACCUGUGGUCUGAAGAUCAGUUCCUGUGCUCCAUCUGUCUGGACGUGUUUGUGAAUCCGGUCACCACACCAUGCGGUCACAACUUCUGCAAAACCUGCAUCACUAAAACCUGGAAUGGAAGCAGUCUCUACAAGUGUCCUCUGUGCAAUGAGCAUUUUACCUCCAGGCCUGAGCUGAGGACAAACACUUUGUUCUCUGAGGUGGUUGAUCAGUUCAGACUUGAAGCUCACCAACAAGCUGUUCAACCAGGAGAGGUUCCCUGCGACAUCUGCACGGGACCCAAACUGAAGGCCCUGAAGUCCUGCCAGGUGUGUCUGCUCUCCUUCUGUCAAACACACCUGGAGCCUCACCUGACCGCUCCACGGCUGAAGAACCAUCAGCUGAUGGAGCCUGUGAAGAACCUGGAGGACAGGAUGUGCAUGAAACACGACAGACCUCUGGAGCUGUUCUGUAGGACCGACCGGAUGUGUGUCUGCUCGCUUUGUCCCGUCUUGGGUCACAAUAAUCAUGAGCUGGUCCCUCUGAGAGAAGAAUCUGAAGGAACAAAGGCGGAGCUGAGGAAGACGGAGAUCAAAGUUCAGCAGAUGAUCCAGAACAGGCUACUGAAGGUCGAGGAGAUCAGAGAGUCGGUGAAGAUCAGCAAAGUUGCUGCGGACAGGGAGAAAGCGGGAGGCGUUCGGGUCUUCACAGCACUGAAGGAGUCUGCUGAGCGAGGCCUGAAGGAGCUCAUCAAGGAGAUCGAGGACAAACAGAAAGCUACAGAGAAACAGGCUGAAGACUUCAUCAGAGAUCUGGAACGGGAGAUCUUUGUGCUGAUGAAGAGGAGCUCCGAGGUGAAGCAGCUCUCUCAGGCUGAAGACCACCUCCACGUCGUCCAAAGCUUCUCCUCCCUGAAAGCCCCUCCGCCCACCAAGACCUGGAUGGAUGUCAGAGUUUGUCCACUGCCAAUUGACAAGAUCAUGGCGAGGGCUGUGGCUCAGCUGGAGGAGGAGAUGAAGAAGAUAAUAAAGGAGGCGGAGAUGAAGAGGGUCCGGCAGUUUGCGGUGGAUGUGACUCUGGAUCCUGACACAGCUCAUCCUAAGCUCGUCCUGUCCGACGACAGAAAACGAGUGGAAGUGGGUGAUGUUUGGAGGAGCCUUCCAGACAACCCAGAGAGAUUUUCCAAGUGUGUUUCUGUUUUUGGCCGGCAGAGUUUCUCUUCAGGCAGAUUUUACUCUGAGGUUCAGGUUAAAGGGAAGACUAAAUGGAGUUUAGGAGUGGCUAGAGAGUCCAUCAACAGGAAGAGAAUAACUCCACUGAGUCCUCAGAACGGCUUCUGGACCAUUAUGUUGAGGAAUGUAGAUGAGUACACAGCUUGUGCUGACUCCCCGGUCCGUCUCCAUCUCCAGCCUGGUCCUGAGAAGGUGGGGGUGUUUGUGGAUUAUGAGGGGGGUCUGGUCUCUUUCUAUGACGCAUGUGCUGGAGAUCUGAUCUACUCUUUUACAGGCUGUAGCUUCGCUCAGAAACUCUACCUGUUCUUUGACCCCUGUAACAAAGAUGGAGGUAGAAACUCUGCUCCCAUGAUCAUCUGUCCCGUAAAACAGGCCGGUCGUUGAUCCGAUGAAGCGCCAUCCAGAACUUCUUUUAUAUAUUUGUUAUUUAGAGCUGAUCAUAAAUAUUUAGAGCAUUUAAGAUCAGAGGGCUGUUUCAAAAAAAGCAGGAUUCAGAAAUCCAGGAUAUGAGAUAAAGUCAGGCUUGACAUAAUCAUAAUGGGAUCAGUUCUAUUUCACAAAACCCAAACCAGGCUCAGGAGGUGCGACUAUGUUGAGCCAGGCUGAAGUAAUUCAGGUGAAUGUGCCUCUACAGAUUUCGUUCAACGGACCAUGAGAGCUACCUUUUCCAUGUUAUAUGGAGAAGAUAAGUUCCCAUUGCAACUAAUGCACUGCUGCUUUUGUGAAACCGAAUCAAAGCUUCAUUCAGUGAGGGUAUCCAGAAGCCUGGCUCAUUCUGCUAUCCUGGUUUUGUGAAGCAGGCCUCCAGUCCGUGGUUCCGCUGGAAAAUGUUCUCCAAAAACUAGAAACACAAGUAAACUCAUUUAAAGCCAGCAGUGAAAUAAGACUGAAAAACACACAAAUAAUCUUAGAUAAUGAUAACAGAUAUGCAGUGAUACGCUAACGAGACCCAGCUGUUUAUAAUUCUGGGCCUUUUAGAAGCAGGUUUGGGUCCUGAGUUCUGGACCAGAAUCAGAACCAGUACCAGUCACAUGUUCCUUCUGCAUCACUUUCAUGUUCUCUUUCUCUGAGCUGAACUGUUGGUUGGAUCAUUGAAUACAAGUAAAAUAUACAGACUAAUUUUUUUUGUAUGUGUUAUCUUUACACAAAUAUAUUUGUGUUUCAAUAUAUUUCUUUACUUUGAUUGUAACUGGUGUUGUUAAAGUUUGUUUUUAUUUGAUCAGAUCAGAUUAAUUCUAUACUGUACUCUAGAGAAACUAAUAAUCGUAUCAAGGGAGAGACCUGGUUGGUUGGCUGGUAACUAGUAAAAUGACAGAACAGAACUAUCUGGUCUAUGUCUUAUUUUGAUAUGUAAAGUUGCAUCAUGAGCUAGAAAACUGACCUGUUGGAUGUAAAAAAAAUAAAUAAAAUAAAAUCAUUCAUCAAAAAAUACACUGAA